AGUUCAUGAUUGACCCGUUCUUGCCCCCAUAUUGUAUAUGUCAUGUGUACCCCGUUCCGUAGUUAGGCAUAGCAAAGUAUGUUGGAUAUCGAGCACGAUACUCGAGUGCAUCUAUCCUGUAUAAUUCACAUGUAGCCGCAUAGCCGUCUUAAUCACACACACUCACUGUCCUUCCUUCUGUCGUUCUUUAGGCAAAUGUUCGCGCUGACAGAGCCAUACUAGUACCUACCCGUACCCUUUUUGAGUUCACAUUAUUUUUUCUCCUUCUGUUGUUCUCGUUUUGGUUUUGAUCUGGUGUCCGCAUUCACUUUAUUGGCGGUCGACGUCUCCGUGAAUGUUAAUAUUCAUGUCUCUUCACAAGGUCAGGCUCCAUUUCGUCUGCGAACGUAAAGUUCCUGCAGAGCUAUUCAAUAUUUUCUUUGUGUAUUGUAAACAUAAUAAAGCAAAUUCGCGAUGAGUCAUUUAGAUGACAAGAAACGCAGCGAUCAAAACGACGCGCAAAUCGUAGCCCCAGAGGAGGUAGUUACAAUUUUCAUAGAGGACGAGAAAACAAACAGUAAAACAACAACAGACGCUAGCAUUGUUAAAAACCCGAAAAAUGAUUUAAGUUCAUCAUCCUCAACCCAGAAAAUAAGUUCCACCAUUAGCAACAGCCGAAACAUCAACAUGGCAACUUCCUCUCAUCGCUCACCCUACCCAGCUCGACUCCAAGAGGUAGUCGGAGUAGUAGACGCGGAGGAGAUUUCACCGGUAUUGUACGAUCCGGCGAUAAGGGAGAACAGAAAUAUUAACCAGCAGCAUGGUGGCCAUUCCUCCUCCUCGAGUAGUAGAGCACAACAUCCUCCGAACGAGCGCCACCUCCGCACCUCUACUUCCGCUCCGGACAGCACACUAGACCACUACGACCACGAUGAGCUUCGCUCCGCGGUCACCACCCAACGGGCGUUAAGUAGGGAAGCGAUGCUGCCACCGGCCUUAAUAUCAUCUGGGAGCAACCUCAGCACGGGGUUGUCAGCGAACGAGAGCGCGAGCUCGUCGAGAAGGAACUCCGGCGCGGCGUUGCUGGGCGACCGCGCAGGCGGAACCGGAACUACAACGCAGCUUUUCGGACAGCACCACCGAGGCGGUGGCGCCGGGUCUGCGGGUAGUUCCAGCAGCAACUCGCCCCAUUCCGGCUCCAACUCGCCUGAUCAGGUCUUAAUACAGGAGAUGAGAUUAGUAUCAUCGUCAGGAACAAGUGGUGGAGGAUUGAUCGGCGAAUCCAGCACCACCGCAAGCAUCACCAGCAGCACUGCAGCGCUGAAUGCUCUGGGGCGGACAAGGUCGAGGAGCAGGGAGAUGCACGGCGGAGGUUUAGACCAGUUAGACAGAGAUCAUAACUUUCAUCAUCAACCACAGUCUGCCGGAGUUGAUGGUCCUCCACCCCGGUUCGAUUUCGACAAGGAAAUCUUUCCGAGCUCUAUCGUGUGGUGCAGCAUUUGCGGGCUCACGUGGUUGUUCCCGGUCGUGGGGCACAUGGGGAUUGCGGACGAAAAGGGAGACAUCUACGAGUUCAUGGGCCUCGGAGCGAGCUGCGGGGGUGGACUGGCGUUCGGACCGGUUCUGAGGUAUAGUGCUGGGAGAGAGUUUGUCAAGUCAUUUCCUAAAGUCGCUGAUGAAAGUGAAUGCAGGGUGGAAUUGUUCGAUGAGCAUCAUACUUUCCUUUUGUAUUGUUCUCCAAGAUUUGCGUCACACUGCUUUUCACGUUCUACUUGAUUGCAUUUGUGGAGUCAAAAAUCAAUCUUACCAGGUAUAUCCCACUCAAGCCCGCUUCCGCGCACAAGCUCAACUGGAAUGACGGGUUGUCGCUUGGGAAUCGCCAGUGCCGUUAUGAACUGUGAAAGAUUUCUUCUUUUCGUUUUCUAUCAGAAAAGCAUGCUCGAUGAAUAAAAGUGCUAUGCUUUUAUUUUUCCUGUGCACAAAGCCUUGGUUCGUCUUUGUAUGACCGCAUGGCUCAUCGUUUGUGUAUGUCGAAGAUGUCGCCGUGUGUGAUUGUUUCUCGAAGUCGUUAACGGCCUCUCGUGUUCGAGCAGUACUUUCACCAAUGUACUAAUGAAGAAGUUUUUCCAUUUUCAUACUCCCGGUCGAUCGCACAAGGGCUGCGUCGACAACUGCCACACGUACGUUGCGGACGUGCUGAAUAACAUGCAGUACGGCGGGUUCAAACAUUGGAACUCCGUGAUACUGGCGCUCUGGGUCUUCUUCUGCGGCCGCUACACCAGCGUUUCCGCGGUGCUGAUCCACUGGGCACCCAGUUUGGUGAUAUUGUUGCUGGUGUUGUGGCAAGUGUAUAAAUUCUGAUGGCGCUUGUUGUUUCGUGAGCGAGAAAAAUGUCGAACAGGCACUGGCAACGAAGUGAGGUGAGGACGACGCGAACUUGAUAAGUUGUCGCACUGCGACUGAUGAACACAAAGCGCGCUGCAGGAUGAGCACGUAGAUUUCUGAU